AUGGCUAAGCAACAAAAUAUUUACAAACGAUGUAUGACAGUGGUAAUUCACAUAUUCACGAGGAUAUUUUCUGUCUUUAAAAACCUUUGCUUCAGAGAGACGAAAGAAAAGAAAAUUAAUGGACUUGAAAACAUUUUUCACAAAGAAAAAAUCAUAGUAUUCGGCUAUCAGGUGAAGAAUAAGACUUUGUCCCUUGAGAGGAGAGCGCAAGCUGCCUAUAAAUUGGGUCUGUUGGCUUUCACAGGAGGACCGAUAGCAGCAAAAUGGGUAGGCGAAUACAUGACUGAGGUAGCAGCAAUCUUGCAGAAGGAAAACCUUUCUCCUCAUGUUAAGGUCAUGCUACUACAGAGCAUGUGCAGUUGGUGCUACUUAAACACUGUCGGCCAAAAGAAAGCCAGAAACGUAAACAUGCUUCCCAUUCUUGUGUCUUUUCUGGAAGAGGAGAACCCCAAUCCCCAUUUCAAGGAGUCCACCCGGCUCGUUAAAUUCUGGUCCUGCUAUGUUCUUGCUAUCAUUAUCUGUAACAACAUGUCAAUCGUUCGGGAUCUUGAGAAAUUUAAGACUUUGAAGUUUUCACUCCAAAUGCUGGCAAGGGAGAAUUGGCUGGGAUGGCCUGAGAAUUUUGCUGAAGUCUUGUUCUUCCUAAUGGGGUACAACAGGACUUAAUUAGACAGGCUAUUUAAAGGAAACAGGAAUCAGAAAAAUAGCUUCCC